UCAGCUGCUUCUGCCUCGUUUCUCUUCAUGGAUUGGUCGCGUCUCGCCGUCAGACCGGAAGUGAACGGAGCGAGGGGAGACGCAGCGUGGAAGAUGGUGGCGACCAGGAGAGGAGUCCGAGUGAGCUCUCCGGCUAAAAGCGAGCCGGAGCCGGCAGCCGAGGUCCAGGCCACCCCGUCCGGACGGAGAACCAGGAGAGCUGUUAAACUAGCAGAGAGUCCGACCCGGCAUCAACCUGUGGAGGCCUGCAGCCAGCUGGAGAAGAACGAAGAAGGAAACGUCCUCAACAGCCCGAGAAGAAGAUGCACGAGAGCGUCCAGACUCCACAGCCCAGAGCAGCCGUCCACUCCGGUGGACUCCACUCACGAAACGGACGUGUCAGACAUGGAGUCCUGCUGCUCCACGGCGUCCAACAGCGAACCACCGGCGACCAGAAGCACCCGGAGCAGGAGGAGGAAGCCUCGAGUGGCACAACAACAAGAUGAGGAGGUGUCUGAGGUGGAGUCGUGCAGUUCUGCUGUAUCUGCCUCAAAACAUCCCCAGAGCAGCCGCCGGAGCACGAGGAGGAAGACGGUUCCUGAAAGUUCUGAUGCUGAGAAAGGUGAUGUUAAAGCCGAGGAGUCCCAGAGAGUCACCAGAAGUCAGAGGAAAACCACCAGAUCAACUACGAAGCAGCAGACUGAGGACUCUGAGCUGUCCGACGCUGAAAGCUGCACUUCAAGCGUCUCAGGAGCUGAAGUUUCUAAAUCGACAACCCGCAGAUCUACGAGAUCCAGGAGGCCACCUCGUCCUAUCCCCAUGCAUCUAGACGAGCCGUCGGACAGCUCUCAGUCUUCUGCACCGACGGGCCGACGGACCAGAUCGGCGAGAGGGAAGGCAGCAGAAGACGGCAGCGAGCCCCAGUCUGACGGGUUUGAAUCUGGACCCACUUAUAGCGUCGCCACACGGAGACGAAGCAAAGCCGCAGGUCUUAAAGCUGUGGAUUCGGACUCUGAGGUGACGGACGUGCAUUCCCCGGUGGGCAGCCCGACCCGAGGCCGAGGGACGCCCUGCAGCAGCCGGACGGGUUCAGGGAACAGCAGCCGCGGAGCUCCGACCUCCAGACGAUCAGUCAGAGACAUAACCGCGGUUAAAGAAAACGUUGAAGAACCAACCGAAGAGGACGAUUCUUUAAACGACUCUAAAUUAGAAAACACAUUGAUCACGGAGGACGCAGACUGUACGCUGGUGGAGGAGGAAAAGAGCCAAAUCAAAUCUGAAGAAUCCAAAGUUGCAGUUGUUGAAGUGGAAAAGGAAGCAUCAGACAGUCCUGUUUGUCCUUAUGAAGCUGUUAAAGAGCCUGCAGUGAUCACAGAGGACCAGCAGGAGGAGCCGUCUGCUGAAAAAGAAGCCGGGGACACCUCAGAGAUGGAGAGGAUGCAGGAAACAGCCCCAUCAUCAGAGCCGGUGGAGCCUUCAGUCACAGCAGGUGAGAAGGCCUCAGAAACCGAGGACGACGCUGAGCUGGACGUCAUGGAGGCAGCUGACGAGGAUGUUCCACAGAAAGACAGGCUUCUGGAUGCUGCUGAGGAAACCCAGCCCGGUGAGGAGGAGAAAAUAGAAGUCAGCACGUUGGAGACAGACACUCAGCAGGUGGUUGAGUCCAUCCAGGUCACAUGGAGCCAGCAGCAGAAGGUCACGGUAGAUCCUGAACCCGAGCAGGAACCCAAAGACGUCGUGGUUCAAAAUAAACAAGUCAUCAGCCUGUUGGACAGCAGUGAGGAGGAAGAAGAUGAUGAAGAUGAGGAGAGGGAAGUUUCUGAGGAAGAGGAGGAGGUGGAGUCGAGAGGAGAAACUUCCAACAAAUCGGAAGCAGCAGCCGCAUCUGUUGAAGGACUGUUUAUGAUCGACACGCGACCCGGACAAGACGCCGACGAACAUUAUUACAAAGACGAGGAGGAAGAGGCAACCACCAGCAAAAGAGACGAGCAGGAGGAGGAAGACGAGGAGUUUGUAGAUGAGGAGGGAGACGACGAUGACGACGAUGAAGACGCACAAAUCCUGUUCUCAAGCAGAGAUUCUAGACUGAAAGAGUUGUCCAGCCGUAUUGACCCCGGCAUCAGAGUGAAGCAGCUCGGGGGGUUGUACAUCAGUUUUGAUGGCAGCAAAUCAAAACCUGUCUCCAGUUCGCUGCAAAAACUAAAGGAAAAGAAGAUCCAAGAUGAGGUGAUGAAGAGGAGUGUGAUUGGACCGGACUUUGAAAAGAAAGAUGCGGUGCCUCCAUACACCGAAUCCAAACAAAAAGCAAAGUUAAAACGAAGAGCUGAGAGGGAGAAAACAACAGGAGAUAGCUGGUUUAAUAUGAAGGCCCCAGAACUGACUCAGGAGCUGAAAGGAGACCUCCAGGUUCUGAAGAUGAGAGGCUCCAUGGAUCCAAAGAGGUUCUACAAGAAGAACGACAGAGAUGGUUUCCCCAAAUACUUCCAGGUCGGUACAGUGGUGGACAAUCCAGUCGAUUUCUAUCAUUCUCGUAUUCCCAAGAAAGAGAGGAAGAGAACGAUGGUGGAGGAACUGAUGGCUGAUGCUGAGUUCAGACACAACAACAAAAAGAGAUACCAACACAUUUUGGCAGAGAAAGCAGCGCAGGGAGCCGGCAAGAGGAACAGGAAGAAGAGCAAAUUCCACAAGAAGUGAAUCUAAGGACUUUACAUGAUGAACACUGAGGAUUCUCAUGAAUACUAAUAUUCAGUUCUUCAACAAGAUCGCAGCACGAUUGGUAUUUUGGAAGUUAAACAUAUUUACACAAAGCUUUGCCAGAUGCUGCAUGUUCAAGACUCUUCAUCUGUGAAGAUGGAACGAGUAUCUGUUCGUGUGAAACAGACAGUCGAGGUGAUUUAGUAAAAAAAAACAGUCAUUACUUUGUACAGUAAAUAUGAUGUGCUUAUAUUUACCACUGAAACUUGACCUUUUUUAUUAACUCAAAUGAACCUAGAAAUUACAUUCUAAAAAUAAAUGGGAUGAACAGAACACUGAAAUAUUUUUGUUUCACACUGUUUGUAUAAAAUCCAAGUGGUCAUAAUUUAAAUAAAAGCUCCUCCUGCAGCAUGAUUAAA